UUUCAGAUUCUCUUUUCACUUAUCGAUAAUGGCAUUAGAUCUGAAGGUUUCAGUUCCACUUAUUUUCCUACACAUUAGAAUACAGCAUCAGACAGUGCUGAUAAACAGCAGAGAGGAUCUGUGUGAGCAGUCAUGGAAGGGAGUCUGUUUGUGCUGCUUCUGCUGUCAGGGCUCCUCUGGAGCAGUUCUGCUCUUUCUCGUCCGUACCACUAUAUAAAUGUGAGAAUGUCGUGGCCAGAGACUCAGAGUUACUGCAGAGAGAGAUUCACUGAUCUGGCUACUGUAGACAGCAUGGAUGAUGUGAACAGGCUGGUGAAUAUAGUGGAUGCUGGAUACAGUGGAUCAGUGUGGAUUGGACUGAAGAGGAGGACACAGAAACGCUGGGUUUGGUCUAAUGGUGAAAACACAACUUCUCAGUACUAUAACUGGGCUUCAGGACAGCCAAAUUGGGAUGGAGAUUGUGUAGCUACUUAUGCCGGUGUUUGGCAUGAUAUGUCAUGUAGCUAUAAGCGAUAUUUUGUGUGCUACGAAAAUUCUAGAUACAUAUUUGUAAAGACUGCUAAAAUCUGGACUGAUGCUCAGAGCUACUGCAGACAGAAUUACACAGACCUGCCCACCAUCCACAACUCUGAGCAAAAUAACCAGAUAAAUCAGAUUCUUUUAUCUGGAUAUUACAUCUGGAUUGGUCUGUUUCUGGACUCUUGGGAAUGGUCUGACAAAUGGAGUCUCUUCUUCAGACACUGGGCAGCAGGUCAACCAUCCCAGAGUUCAGGAUCUGGUGACUGUGUUGGCAUGUCAACAGCUGAUUCUGGGAAAUGGGCUCAAUACAGCUGUGAUCUACAGCAGCCUUUUAUCUGCUAUGGAGAUGCCAAAUUCAUUAAAAAACAGAUCAUCAGACUGAAAUUGUCCUGUUAUGGAAAAUGCACAUUGAAUGAUCCGUCACUACAGAUGGCCAUUCUGAAUGAGAUAAGUGAAAAGCUGAAGAGCAUGGGGCUGGAAAGUGAGAGCAAAAUAAGCUGGAGAAAGAAAGAUGAAGAGGUGUUUCAUCUGGAGAGCAACCGUACAGCCAAUUCAAAUAACAAAUGUAAUAAGCAGUAAUCUCUCUAAAGGAAACAAAUAUAACUACUUGUUAUAUUAUUUUGAAGAAUUGGGAGGUAGUAAUAAUAACCAUCAUUUAAACUGAUCAUGAAUUGUGAUAUUAUAUAAUAUAUUUAUUUACUGGAAUCAAUUGUGAAAAUAAUUUUUAAAGUUCUGUCCUUAACUAUAAUGAAUCUAGCAAAAAUGUACCUAUAAAUAGUUUUAUUGUGUAUUACAGAUUUUCUUUUAGUAAAUAAAUCAUUUAAUGCUCUAGUCCUAAAUGAUUUAUUUAUGUAUCUAUUUUUAUUUUGUCAUAAUAACAUUAAAGUUUAGCACAAAAAUAUUUGAGGACAAAUCAAUUUGAAUUGUAAAAAUGAAGCCUUGAAAUCCUACAUCUAUGAGUUCAUUAGCUUGGGAGUAUCCCUUUUCUAUUUACAUUUAGACUUAAUUUUAUGCAAAAGCUGCCUGUUUCUUUCAAAACAAGUUACUAUUACUUGGAAAUGAUUCUGUCUGUGUAUUACAAAACUAUAAUAGCGAGAAUUGUUUACCCAUUAAAAACAGCACCCAUAAAAAAGAACUUCUGGUGCAAACUUGAA